CUUCACCCUUCCUCUGCGGCGGCUCGUGGUCUCGGCUUCUCACUCAGGCCGAGAGAGACAAGGGGGGCAGGCGGAUGUGUGUCUUCAAUGCUUCAAGGAUGCCCUUUUUACUGAUCGUAUUCGCUCAUCACCCCUAAAAGUCGAGGCAGUACGUACAGAAGACUUAAUUGCCUAAACACCUCAACCCAGGCAACAGAAGGACAAAAACACACAAAAAAUGAAGAACAAAAUGUUUCCAAAAGGCACAAAACGCAAGUUUUCUGACAAUGAAGAUAUUGUUGAGGAGAAUUCAGUUAGUAUUAAAGUCAUGUCUUCUUACAAUCUGCAACGACAAUCGCUAUUGGAUAUGUCAUUGAUUAAGCUCCAGCUUUGCCAUAUGCUUGCAGAGCCUAACCUGUGCAGAUCUGUACUCAUUGCCAAUACAGUGAGACAGAUCCAGGAGGAGAUGACUCUGGAUGGUAGCUGGCCAGUCAUGACAGAAACCCUGAAUACAAACCAGAACCCUUCUGAUCGCCUGAUUGCAACAGAAAUUUUGUGUCGAACAUCAAAGGACGGUGAGGAAGAAAAGACAUUUUCUGUUGUUACUUACGAUAACUUGCAUACUGAAGAGGUAUUAGAGGACUCUUUAUGCAUAACAUCAACUGAAGAAGUCCCAGUUUUUCUACCAAGUACUUUUGGUGCCUGGGAAAGAGAAGAUCUGAAGAAGAAUUCAGAUGAUCCCAAGCCAACAGAUCAAGUGUUUGGAGCUUUUGAACUGAAAAGUCCAGUAGCAACACCUGACCCAUCUAUUGACGAGCUCUUUUCAGACGUUGACACUUCGUAUUAUGACCUUGACACCAUGUUGACCGGAAUACAUGGCACUCCAAAAAUGGGGCCUUAUGACUUGUUAGACAGCUUGUCAUCAUCUCACAGCCCUUCAUCAGUUACUUCAAAUUUGAGUUGCAGGUCUGAUCUGAAUGAAUUAGAUCAUAUCAUGGAGAUCAUCGUUGGCUCUUAAACUGUAUAAUCAUUCCAAGACCUAAAUAGACCUUGAGAGUAUGCCAAAUAGCCUUUAACUAGUGUUCAUUAUUUUUUAUUUCUGUUUUGUUACACAAUCUGAAGGACCUUUUUUCUGAAAGCAAUUCAGAAGUUACCCGUUUACUGUACUUUUUAUUUAUUGACAUUUAGUCCUAAAUGUCUUUACACUACAUGCUUUUGAAUAUACAAAACCAUUCUUAAGACUAAACAUAUUUUCCUACAGAAAUACAAUAUAUAUUUUAAACCCACUGCUGGAAUAUAUUAUAGUACUUUUAGAACUUUUUACCUAAAAAAAAAAAAAACAUAAAUUCAGUAUAAAUCUAUAUGAUGUCUUCCUUUUUGAAUGACUGAGAUAAUGAAUAUGUGCCUGAAAUGGAGAUUUGACCAACAAAUUUUGCAAAUAGUAUACAAAAUUUACUAAAAUGUAAUGUGUAUAUUCAUGCUUAUGCAAAAAAUGCAUGGCUUUAGCCUCAGAAAAAUUAACAAGGAAUAUACUUGAAGGUUUCAUAUAAAAAAUGAUAUCCUACAUGCUCUUGCUUUUGCCGGUUGAAAACAUAUUGUAUGUUUUUUGUUACAAAAAAUGAAGACUUUGGGUGAAACCCAGUUUUAAGUUAUUGAGAGUAUUUAUUUUUGUAUUUAUUACAGUAUGCAUAUGCUGACUUGGGAGUUUAUUUUAAACAAUAUUAAAGUCUGUCGGCUUAUAAAGGUUAUCCAACCUCCUUCCCACUUUUGACGUUUAAAAAUUACCAAGGUAUACGCGUUAACUAAGCAGUAUUUUCUUUUUUUAUUUGCUCUCACUUUUAGCAUAAAACAUAUGGAAUGUUAUGGAAUAACAUGAAAUGGUUAUUAAAAAAAAAACGUACAGAAAAAAAAUACCUUUUGAACAUGCAGGUGUAUGUUUGUAAACUCUUCUUAAUGUUUGGCAUCAUUUAAAUGUUUACUGAAAGUUCACUCAGGCAAUGCAAUCCUGUUUAUAUUUAGCAACCAGUGUUAAUUUGCAUAAAUCUCUCUGUUGGGCAACUGCAGUUUCAAAGCAUUGUGUAGGUCAUUCAAGGAGUGUACAUGAGUGGCAAUAUAGAAUGAUAUGCAUUUUCUAUAUUUUGAAAAAUUGUAAACAUUUUGUAAAUAUUUUUAAUAAAAAGUUUGCUAAUGUACCUUAUGAGUCCUCCGUAAGCUUUCAUAAGAGCAAAAUAAAUUCAAAAUGUCCGCAUAUAAGUGCCACAAUGAUUUAGCCAGAGUGCGCCUUAAAAUUUGGGGGUAGGCAAAGUCAGUGUUGGUGUGCUGGAGUGGCUGCACGUUUUUGUUCCAACCCAAUUCCUUAAUGAGUAGUCAGUUAUUGCUGUUGAAGCACUUAUUGAUUAAGCAACCUUUUCCUGUUUCACUUUAGUGGUCUUGAGUCUUUAGGUUCCCCAUCCUUUAUUUAUUCCUAAACUGCUGGCUUCAUGGUUAAUUGCUCCUUAUUAGUAAUGGGAUGCAAAACAAGAGGGCUGCAGUCCUCCGUCUAAAGCUUCUGGCACAUUACACACCUUCUAGUCGUUUGGUACCCCAGGCUUACCAUCUACAGUCACUGGACUGUGUCAGUUUACAGGAUUGAAAAUUGAUGUCCAUGUCACAUUUAGUUGCAGUACAGAAGUUGUGUAAUGUGGCAUCAGCUGCAAACUGUACACACUGCGUGUCUUAGUGCAAUGCGUCUGCCAUACUCAAUGACUGGAGGUAGUGAGCAAGCUAAGCCGAUGUCGCCUUACACAAAGUAGUGCAUCUGCAGCGGUUUAUUUUAAAGAAUUAAUAACAAGGUUGUCCUGUCAAACAUCAGUACACAAUGUACCAACCGCAAACAUCGACUAGUCUUACAAGAAAGAUGCAGGAUUAAUAAAAAAAUCAAGGAGUGGCAGACUACUGUAGGUAACUUUUUUUAAUGAUUAAGAGCUGAUGAAAAUUUUGCCACAUCUGUAUUAGAGCUAUAACUAGGUUUUAAAGAGGAAAAAAAAAA